CACCUCCCUGGCCCACCUCUGCCAUCUGUCACCUGAAUCUCCUCUUCUCCCUCUCCUCCCUCCUGUCUCCCCUUUUUUCUCUCUCUCUCUCCCUUUCUCUCUCUCCCUCUCUCUUUCUCUCUCUCUCUCCAAAGAUGGCCCCCCUCCGACCCUGCCUGCCAGCUCCUUGGAUCCCACUUCCCUCCCAGCAGCAGGAGAUGCUGCUUGGCCAUCUGGGAGUUCACACACCUACUCCUGCCAAUGAAAAACACCUCUUCUGGGUGCAAAGUGGUACACUUCGUGCCAGAGCCCACAGCCCCCUUCCCGCCUCUGCUGCUAACUUCCUAUGUGACCUUAGGGAAAUCCCUUCCUCAGUUUCCCCGUCGUGCAAGGACAUUCAAGCUUCCUUCCAUCCCUCCUCUCUGCCAUCUGCAUACCCAUGGCUCUGCUCACCGUGCCCCCCUUCCUACUCCCCCCGUUGCCUUCUGGAGCCAGUCCAAACCCACACAGCCCUCCUCUUCUUCUAUUCUUCCCCUGCCCUUAGUCACUCUGGACCAUCCUAGGCAAGGGAGGUUAAGAGAGCAUUUAAGGAAUUCAUGGCCCGUCACUAAGGGGUCCAUCUGCAGGUGAUUCUGUGCUCAGGGCCUCCUCCCUGAGUGCCCCCUGAGCUGAGACAGGGAGCUCAAGACCAGCCCUGGCUCCCAUUCGUCCCUUGUGGUCAGUGACUUUUUGCCUCAUGAGUGACCUCAGAGACAGUGCAUUAUUUCAGGGGUCAGAAGUACCUUCUCCCCAGAGAGUGAAAUUGAAAGUGAAUCUCCCCAGGGAGUUCCCUGGCUGUCCAGUGGUUAGGAAUCCACGUUCUCACUGCCAAGGCCCCAGGUUUGAUCCCUGACCUGGGAACUGAGAUCCCACAAGCUGCGAGGUGUGGCCAAAAAAAAAAAAAAUUCUCCAGAGAGUGAUGGUGGUAUCUCAGGCAUCUCGACAAGGGGGAGGGGAGCCACCCUGGCCAUUCCCAGGUCGCCUCAGAUGAUCCAGCCUGGGAGUAGGGCUCAGACCUGUGCGGUGUGAGCCCCGGAGCCUGGGGAGCAGCCUGAAGCCGCCGGCGCACUUGUUGAGGAUAAUUGUGGAAAUGAGCUUCCCGAUUCAUUAGCAGCUCUGUGAAGCUUUUCCAAGGCAAGGAGAAGCACAGCUAAUAGUCCUGUUAAAGAGCUGAGUUAUUCUUGCUGUAAAGCAGAUGAGGGAAGGUGGGGGAAACAGACUGCCUGUAACAGGAGGGACUGAAGUAAGACCUGAGGAAGGACUUUCCAACCAUUGGGAGAGGAGGGUAGGCUGCUCUCUGAGGGUGCCUCAAAGCCGACGGCACAGGAGGAAAGGGUGGGAACCUGUGUUCUGGGUACAAGGAGGAAUGAAAGCAGAGGGGCUUCCUGGAAGAGGGUGGCUUUAAGCUCUGGCUUACAGGUAUCUGGGCGCAAUCUGAAACGGCAGAUAGUUUCUGGGAGAGGACAGAUGGCCCAGAAGACCUUCUAAUCAUGCGAGCUGGGCCGCCCAGAGCCCCUGAUUUCCCUGCCCAGGGGUCUCCCUAACUCCUCCAUUGUCCUCACCUGCCUGGGGAACCCCUUCUUCCUCUAGCUCCUCUGGCCCCCAGGAGGAAGGAUCAUCCCUCCACUCUCCUCUUUUUCCUAACUUCUACUUCACCCUCCUCUUCCCUCUUCUCCGUCCCCAUCUUUCCCCCAACAAUUCCAUCUAAACCCCACUCCACAGUCCACAGCCCAUAUCCCUACACUUUCAAGGGAUUCUUGCUAAUGCAAGCAAGAAUUCUCCCUCAUACGUCUUCCAGCUACCUUCAAUCAUAAUAGGAAUAAGAUAAAUGAGUAGCGGAGAUGGUAAGUGGAUGGGUUGGUAGCUGGAUGAUGGGGUAAAUAGUGUGUGGAUGACUAAGUGGAAGGAUAGAUGGAUAAAGUAAGAAAAAUUGGAUAGAUCAUGGGUGGGGGUAUAUUGGUGGUUGGAUGGAUGAGCAGAUUGAUGGACAAGUGGAUAAAUGAAUGGAUGGAUAGAUGUCUAGGUGUGUGGGUUGGUAGUGGAUGUCUAGUAUGUGGAUAGUAGAUGAAUGGAGAGAGAGACAGGUGAGUCUGUGGAUGGACUGAUAGAUGGAAGAUGAUGGAUGCAGAUAGAUAGUUAAUGGUUGGAUGCAUGGAUGGUAGAUGGAUAGAUGGGUGAGUUGGCAGUGGAUGUCUGGUGGGUGGAUGGGUAAAUAAAUGGAUAAAUAGAUAGGUGGGUAGGUGGAUGGUUGGAUGGGUAGGUGGGUGGAUAGAUAUAUAGAUAGGAAGAUGAAUAGAUGAUAAAUUGAUGGGUGGAUAAUUAAAAUUGCAAGCUUAUUCCAAAGCAUCAGAUGAUGUAAAAUUAGGGAUAAUGGGAAAACCACUGAGUAUAUUUCUAAGGGAAUAAUACAGAAAUAAGUAAGAGAGUAAGUUGGCUGUACUGCAAUCCUGUUUGUCACCCCACACAGAGAUGUGGGCAGGCAGGGACCCCUGCUAACUCCACUGGGCCCCCCUCUUCUCCUCCCCCUGCAGGUGGGCUGUAAGGCGGCCGUGGUGUUAUUCCAGUACUGUGUCAUGGCCAACUUCUUCUGGCUGCUGGUGGAGGGCCUCUACCUGCACACCCUGCUCGCCGUCUCCUUCUUCUCCGAGAGGAAGUACUUCUGGGGGGGUGCCCAGCACAUUCACCAUGGUGUGGACCAUCAUCAGAAUCCAUUUUGAGGAUUACGGAUGCUGGGACACCAUCAUCUCCUCACUGUGGUGGAUCAUAAAGGCCCCCAUCCUCGCCUCCAUCUUGGUGAACUUCAUCCUCUUUAUUCGCAUCAUCAGAAUCCUGGUUCACAAACUGCGGGCCCCAGAUGUCGGGAAGAGUGACAGCAGCCCAUACUCGAGGCUGGCCAAGUCCACCCUUCUGCUGAUCCCCCUGUUUGGAGUGCACUACAUCAUGUUUGCCUUCUUCCCCGACAACUUUAAGGCUGAAGUGAAAAUGGUCUUUGAGCUCGUCGUGGGGUCUUUCCAGGGUUUUGUGGUGGCCGUCCUCUACUGCUUCCUCAAUGGCGAGGUGCAGGCAGAGCUGCGGCGGAAGUGGCGGCGCUGGCAUCUGCAGGGCGUCUUGGGUUGGAAACCCAAAUACCAGCACCCGUCAGCAGGCAGCAGCGGGGCCACGUGCAGCACUCAGGUCUCCAUGCUGACCCGCGUCAGCCCCGGCGCGCGCCGCUCCUCCAGCUUCCAGGCCGAAGUCUCCCUGGUCUGACCUCCAGGUGCCCAGGCGGGUGGGCGGCCCCUCCCGUCGGCACCGCCCCCCACCCCGCGCGGCAGCGGGGGCAAAGGCCUGCCAGGCGAGGUCAGCCCCAGCCCUGAGCUCGGAGGCUGCCCGGGCACCCCCAGCUUACUGUCCGGAAGCCCCUGGAGAACGCUGCCCUUGCGCCUGCCUGGGGAGACGAUGGGGGAGAGCUGGGAGCUCCUACCUAGAAGAUGAGGGGUGGAGCUCAGUCUUCAGACUCCGCCCCCAAAGGCCCCCUCCGCCCAUUAAGGGCAAGAAAUCUGCAUACUCUCACCUGAUUCCACGGCCUGGUAGAUCUCGCUACCCAUCCGAGGAGGGCCACCGCCUAUCCCCUGACAAUGCAUGUGGGAACGUGGUGUGAUCUGAGGGGACAAAGGUCUUGCCCCAAAAGGUCACCUGCCACCGCCACCUCGACAGUGCCUGAAGUUCCACCAUUGCUGUCAGUUUCCUUUGGGUUAAGCAUCACCAUUCAGGCAUCUCUCCAAAGACGCGGUCCCCUCCCUCAGUGCCUCCUCAUAGCUGCCAGCUCUUCAAGGUGAAUGAGUUUUUCUGCCUCCGGCAGAUGCGGUUGUAAACGAGGGGUUUUGGUUUGGGGAGGGCAGCUAUCUUCAUAGUCCCCGCUAAAGUGGAGUCAUCCCGGGAUGGCUGGAACAAUUCCAGGAGCUUGCCACCAGCCCUACCAAUCCUUAUGGGCUGUGGGAGCUGCCCCUGGCUGCCUACCUAUGUGCCAACUAUUAGGACCGGGCUCAGAGAUGUACACUCUUGGGCCCCUUAAUCCUCAGAGCAACCCAGCAAGGCGGGCACUACUGUCCCUAUUUCACACUGAGCCUCACAGAGAGCAGGUACCUCAUCUUGUCACACAGACAGCAUUUGAACUCAGAUCUUGCUGAUGGGAAAGUGAAAGCACAGACUCUUAACUGCUGCCUUUUAUAUAUUGUAGCAAGCUGGAUCCUCUUGCUUAUUUGUAUCACCACUGAUAUUGUUAUUACCAGCAUCCCGCAAACCCCAUUCCCACCCCACCCUCCCUGGAGUGUGGCUGAGGAGUCCCCCAGCCCAUGUAUCAUCUGGACAAGAGCCUGGUGGCUGUCAUGUCCUGUGUCCGCCCUGCACCCCUGUGGCCACACGGCUUCCUACUCACGCCCCAGCCAGAAGAUCCCCUUGGGACUGCAAACAGGCUUGUGCAACAAUAAACACUG